CGACUGACCACGCCCCACCUCACCAUCGCUGGCGAGUUUGGACGACGCCAUUUUGUGGUCGCAGCUACAUUAAGUUGUUGGUGUAACGUUAAGUUCGUUGGUUUACUUUUUUGACUGGCUUGCUACCGACACUGUCCCGUUGUACCCAUUCGAGUUCGAUGUGCAUGCUGUGGUCUUGUGGGGCACAGAGCGCGACAGGACAUCCAUUUUAAUCUGGUGGCAAGAACAGAUGCAUUGGAGAUGAAUGUGCAACAGAAGCUAACCAUGAGAGUUAUUGUGUCAGAGGUAGAUAUAAGAAAAAUGAUGAUGACACCAAGGCCUGACAGACUUGAAGAUUUGAUUGAGUGGCUCAGAUGCACUCUCCCAGCAAACUACAGCUUCUCUUUACAGUACCAAGAUCCUGAAUUUAACAAUGAACUGUGCAAUCUUACUGAUCUUUCUGAGCUUCCAGACAAGCCAACCAUCAAAAUCAUUCCAAUAAUUGAGCUUACAACAGUAUCUGCACAAAAUGAUAUUACUGAAACAAGCAGCCAGGCAGACACAGAAAUCCUCUCCGUAUGUUCUCAGGAUAGAAGUUGUCAGUGGCCAGAUCCAUAUAGCAUUCCAAAAUUUUCAGUGGAUGUCGAGUAUCGACUCCGUCAAGGCAACCUACUCUAUAUGAGGGAUGAAACAAAUCUUAAAGUCCCGAAAGAGAUGAAACAUGAUAUUCUGGAGAAACUUGCUGAGAACAUAUACAAGUUUAAAGCAUAUCCAACAAAAGAAGAAUUUGAAGCUGUCGCCAAAGCCUUGAUACAAACCCACCCAUGUCUUAAAGAGACAGGCUCAUCCUCUGGUUGGGAAGGAUGGAAAAAUAGCUUAAAAUUCAAAAUGGGUAAUUACAGAAACAAAAUGCGCCAGCAGGGUCGAAUUGAAGUCACUGUCAACGCUGGUAAAAGGGGAAGGCACACUACAAUUGGCAACCCUCCCAACAAAGACAUAAAGAAACCAAGGAAAGGGGAAAUAAAUUUCUUGCCUGAAAAUCCAGAAGGAAUGGAUGACCAAAAUCUAGAAGGAGUACGUGAAGUCCUUGUCAAUGAAAUGAAGAAGGCAAAGCCAAAUAGAUUACUUGUCAAGAAACACAUGGACACAACAUUUGCUCUUCGCAGAAAAGAAGUUGUUAACGACAAGCCUCGCAUCAGCCACAUGAUUAUUCGAUGGCCAGCUCUUUUUACAGAAAGUCAGGUUUAUGACGAGUUCAGCAGAGUUGUGGGGAAAAAUCUCAGAGAGAGCUUCUUUGAUGCUCUUGACCGUUUCUCUCCAAAGCUAAUGGAUAUCUUCAGGAAGAAGAAAGGCCUUGCCGGUCAGCUUUUGUCUGAGCUUUUACGCCAAACAAAGACCACUGAACCAACAGAUGUUAGGUCCCUUUGCCUUCGUGGACUGCCAGUCAUUUUAGGGGAUGACUCUUCUGCCUUCUUUAAGACCUGUUCUGAUGUCAAUGAUGAAGACUUAUACCAACAAACUCCAGUAGGAAUCCUCUGCGUUGAUGCAGAAAGUGCACAGCUAAACCCAUUCAGAGUGUUUAUCAUUUUGGAGGGGAUUUCAGUGAUGGAACCGGACAACUUACCUCAGGCCUUCUGUCUUUUGUUUGGACUGAUUUAUGCCCUGCACUUGGACUAUCCGAAGAGUAUGAAACAUACCUUCUAUUUUAUCCAGCAGGUAUUUCUUAACCUUGGAAAGGUUGAGCUUGCACCCAAAAUACAAUCCCUGAAAAACAUGCUUACCGUGUAGAAGGGUUGUCUCCACAAGACAUCUGAAUGAUGUUUAUAUUUAUGUUUUUUUGGUAAUUUAUUUUUGUUUAUGCAUUUAUUCACUCUCCUUUUGUCAUUUUGGAAAGAAAAGGCCAGUUCAGAUUUUGUUUAAUCGGUAAGUGUUUCAUAAAGAAAUAUAUGUGGUGCCUUGUAUUUUUUGUGGAGGUAAAAUGCAGGUUAAUGGGACCAAAAACAAUUGAAAUACCUCAGCAGUUGUGAACUGGAACACCAGGUUUAUUUAGAGAAUGUCACUAUGUUUUAUGUAAGCAAUGUUGAUAUUGUUCUUACAAAGUAGUUUUUUUGUGAUUAGUAGAUCCAUUGUUCUGUGUCAUAGACUGAGAAACAUUGCAGUGCAAAUAUAAGAAAUUUAUAACUUUUUUUUUUACAUUGUGUGGCUUAGUUUUGUAAUUGCCAUUAGGCAAUAAAAGUGAAAAGUUGUCAAUAAAAGUAGAAGA